UAGGACGAUGAUAUAUGAUCGUUCAUAGUUUUUCGAGAGUUGUUACAAAGUCAAUCGAGGUGUGAGUGAUUGACCCCUUCGUUCCACCGCAGAUUUCUACAGCCGCCCAACUAAUUUUCCUUUCUAUAAAAUACACCACCACCACCAUCACCGCCAAUAUACCAUUGACGACCUCUCCAUAACCACCACUAAUGAAUUCCACUCUAAUCAUCUUCCUCCUCUACCUCCUCCUCAUCGCCACCCCACCAUGUUCACUUAUCGCCUCCGCCGCCAGCAACUGGACCCUCCUCCACUCAAACAUUGGCAUCACCGCCAUGCACAUGCAACUCCUCCCUAACGACCGUGUAGUCAUUUACGACCGCACCGACUUCGGAGCCUCCAACCUCUCUCUCGCCAAUGGUGAAUGCCGGAUAGACUCACACGACUACGUUUUGAAGAGAGACUGCACUGCCCACUCUAUUGAGUACGACGUCGCAUCCAAUUCCUUUCGUCCACUAAUGGUUCAAACCGACAUCUGGUGUUCUUCAGGUGCUUUAAUGCCUGACGGCAGCCUCCUCCAGACCGGCGGAUUCAACGACGGAGAUCAUGUUGUUAGAGUUUUUAAAUCCUGCGAUACAUGUGAUUGGGUAGAAAUCACGUCGGCGUUGGUUAAACGGAGAUGGUAUGCAACUAAUCACAUUCUCCCCGGCGGACGCCAGAUUGUCAUUGGUGGUCGCCGGCAAUAUAACUAUGAGUUUUACCCGAAAUUGUCGAAGUCAGAGAAGGCUUACAGUUUGCCAUUUUUAGUUCAGACGAAUGAUCCGAAACUUGAAAACAAUCUAUACCCAUUUGUGUUUCUCACUCCUGAUGGAAAGUUGUUCAUUUUUGCCAACAAUCGAGCAAUUCUAUUUGAUUAUGCGAGAAACAAAGUUCUCAAGGCUUACCCUGAAAUACCCGGUGGUGACCCGAGAAAUUACCCAAGCACCGGGUCUGCAGUACUACUUCCAAUGCGGAUUGUACAAGGUAAAGUAGCUGUCGUUGAGGUUUUGGUUUGUGGUGGGGCACCCAAAGGAGCAUUUGUGAAUGCGGAAAAUGGGAGAUUUGAUAAAGCUUUGAAAACUUGUGGACGGAUUCAAGUAUCCGACCCGAAUCCACAAUGGGUCAUGGAGACUAUGCCUUUAGCUCGUGUAAUGGGUGACAUGCUUUUGCUACCAAAUAGUGAUGUUUUGAUCAUUAAUGGAGGAUCCGCAGGUACCGCUGGAUGGGAAUACGGGCGCGACCCGGUUCUUUACCCGGUGAUAUACAAACCUGAUAACCCGUUUGAGGACCGGUUCGAGGCUCAGGUUCCGACCACAAUACCACGAAUGUACCAUUCAACCGCUCUCUUAAUUCGCGAUGGGAGGGUGCUUGUUGGGGGAAGCAAUCCUCACAUAUAUUAUAAUUUCACAGAUGUACUUUAUCCAACCGAGCUUCGGUUGGAGGCAUUUUUGCCACCAUAUCUGGAUCCACGCUGUGUCAGGUCACGACCCAAGAUAACACCUGAUUCCCAAACCGAGUUUGGAUAUGGGAACCGAGUGGUUAUCAGGUUUAGGGUCGUGGACGAGCUGGAUCCGGAUUCAGUCAUGGUGACAAUGGUGGCACCGGCUUUUAACACACAUUCGUUUUCCAUGAAUCAAAGGUUGUUGAUCCUUGAAGGUGGGAACACUACAAAGGCUAUUGGGAAAACAAAGUACCAAGUGAUUGUGACGGCGCCACCUUCUAGCAACAUUGCUCCGGGGAGGCAUUAUCUUUUGUUUGUGGUUCAUCGGCAAGUUCCAAGUGAAGGCGUUUGGGUUAAAAUUGGUUGACCGGAGAAAGAUUGGUCAAACAUGAUGAAAGGUUACCCGUGAACCUUUGAAAUUUGAUCUUGAUCUACAAAUCUUGUGACACCCGUGAAUUGUUAUCAAUCAAGUGCACAUGGAUAGAGGACCAAUCAAGCCGAGAGUCGUAAACCAUUUGAUGAGAGGGUGCUUUUAGGGGCAAUAAGCCAAUAAGUUAAAAACAGAAUGUAGUUAAAAACAAUGCAAGUUUAUUUAUUAAAAAGAUUAGAAUUUACGUUUUAUUUGAGAUGCAUUUUGAAUGAACGAGGUAUAUCUAAUUAUCUAUA